AUGAACCAACCCACAAUUCAAACUGGCACUCUUCCGCAAAACAAUAACGGCCAACUACAAAGACCCCAGAAUAUUGGUGGACCACAAACCGUUUAUGGCCAACUUCAAAGACCCCAGAAUACUGCAAAUCUAUUCACCGAUGCCGUUCGGCAAUACGAUGACCUAGUUAGUGGCACGAAUCUAUUCCCACUGGCUAGAAUACAAGAUGCAGAGAAUCCACCACAACAGAGCGCUCCAUUUUUUACAUU